AUGAGGCUCGAAGCCAGGACCGUGGCACCCCCAUCGCUUGACGCUGUCAAGAUGGAGGACCGCAAGCGGCCCAUGGCCGAUGACUCUGCUCCUCCUGCUAAGAGGCAAGCCGUGACUGUCAACGGUGCCCGAUCGCAUCCAGACGCUGACUUGCCAUGGAAAGAUGACCUCGAGGCUUUCCAGAAAGACGCCAUUCUACGGCAGAUGCGCGAGUUCAAGCGAGAAAAGGUCACCCUCGAGUCGCAGUUGACCGAGUUGGAGAAGCGCUCGCAGCACCACGACGACCAUCUGCGGAUAAUAGACUCUUGGUUUGAUCAGCUUGUCGAUGAAAUCAAAGUCCGCAGUGCACAAAAACUGCCUGUAUCAUCAGGUGAUCCUGCCUUUAGUCCCUCGAUACCCGCUGCCCUCUUCUUCGAGGAUAGUCAAACCCUCAAGAAACACUUGUCUAGUCGCAAAGACAAGAUACUGGUGUCACUAUCUGGACUUUUUGCUAGUUACCCCCCCAGUAGCCCAGAAGUUGCAGAUCUGCAGGAGAAGCUAUCAAACCUGUUAGCUAAUGAGAAGGACCACCUUGUCCGGCUGCAGCGACUCACUACGGAGAAGGAGCAAUUGUCAGACCGUUUGGAUACGGCUACUCAUCGUUAUCUGGUUGCCGAGAAGAAGAUUGACCGACUAAAGAGUAGCCAAGUUCAGAAGCUUGAACAGCAAGCAGUUGCCAGCAGCGUUGUAAAGGAGGAGAUACCAUCUGCAACUAACGGUGCCGAGGCUAUCAAUGGCGCAUCACCCGGUCCAGUCAGUGAAGAGGUGGAAGCAUCCCGCAACCAGGCAGUGGCCGAAGCACUGAAAAGAAAAGAGCAACUCGAACAGAUCGAGCAGGAGAACAAGAAACUGACUGAGGAGGUGUCAGCUCUAAAAGUGAAGCUCACUGGACUAUCGGACGACGACUACGCCAAAACGGAUCUGUUCAAGGCGUUAAAGAAUCAACACGAGGACGUAAUCAAACGUAUCAACAACCUGGAAGCGACUAAUAUCCAAUUACGGGAAGAAGCGCAGAAAUACCAGGCAGAGCGGACAGCUUAUCGUAUCAAAAUCGAUGAUGAGACCCGUUCGUCUUUGGCAGAGUCUGAGAGUAACGUCUCACAAGCUGAAGCGAACCUCGCCCGCAUUCGGAGUGCCCGAGAUGAGCUCAUGGCCAAGAAUAGCGUUCUCGAAACCAGCCACAAAGAUACGUAUGCGUCUACGGAGCAAUCGAAAGAGCUUGUAAGCGCGUGCGAGAGCCGAAUUGCAGCUCUAGAGUCCGAAUGUGAGCGACUGCGUCUGCAGAUUGCCAACGGGCAGAUUACCGACAGCCAAGCAACCUCGGAACCCGACGAUUUGACGCCAGAGCAAUUGCGCACUAAAAUCUCCAGCCUGGAGAACCAGUUGAAGCUUCUAAGUAACGAGUUGCCAUCAAUGGAGGCGGCGUGGAAGAAGGCCCAAGCAAUUGCAAGUAAAAAGAUUGCCGAGAUUGCUACGUGGGAAGAUAACGUCGCAAAAGCACACGCCGACAAGGCGAAAGCGGACCAGAAGUUUUUUGCGGCCAUGAAGGCCAAAGGAGAGUUGGAACAGCAGAUUCGGAUCCUCCGUGCUCAGGCCACAAAAUCGACCGAGGUUGUUGCACAAUUGAAAGAGGCGGACUCACUCAGCCGAUCACUGGUGGACAAGCUAGAGAAGCAGACUGCUGAGAUGCGUUCGCAGAUGGAGGAGCUGUCAGUCCAGCAUCGUCAGCUGCAGCAGAAGGUCAGCGAAUACGCAAUCACAUCCGAAGGUCAAGUCAGUCAGAUCGUGGAGCUGAAGAAGGUUGUUGAAGCCAAAGAUACAACCUGCCUCGCUGCAAGACACGCUCAGCGUGAAUCGGAGACCGAGCGAGACAAGUUGACUGCACAGGUCGCAGGACUGGAGAAGCAAGUUCAGAUCUGGAAGAAGAAGAGCACCGGAAAUCAGAGCGCCGAGACCGCCAUCAUGGAGUCUAUGAUCCAGUGCCAGAUCUGCAAAAGCAAGUUCAAGAACACAGUCAUCAAGACUUGUGGGCACAUGUUCUGCGAUCAGUGUGUACAAGAUCGUCUCACUAACCGCGCGAGGAAGUGUCCAAAUUGCGGCAAGGCGUUCGGCAGCAACGAUACGAUGCGCGUACACCUUUGA